AUGUCUACUUGGGACUUAAAUCCAGAUCGUUGGGAUGGGAUACCCAUCAUAGAAUUUCAAGAGGAAACUGCAUUUACAACUAAUACUUCACCAAUACGACAAAAACAUUACAAAGAUCUUUCAUCAAUCGAUUGGCCUCAUGAAUAUUCAAGAGAAAGACAAUCCAAGAAACAAAAUGAUAUACAACUUGAAUCAUCACAUUCUAAAUGGCAUGCUUUCAUAAGGAAUAGUUCCAAAUGGAUUGUAUUGAUUGGAACAGGUGUACUUAUCGGAAUAUUGACUGCAAGUUUAGAUUAUUUAUACAAAUGGCUUACUGAUUUGAAAGGUGGUGUUUGUAAGCAAGGUGUCUAUAUGACGUAUUCAAAUUGUUGUAAAGGUAUUAAUGAAGGUGAUGUAUGUGAGAAUUGGUUACAAUGGGAUCAAGUCAUUCAUAUAAAUAAAAAUGCUGCUGGUAGUUUCAUUUAUAAGUAUUUCUUAUACUUGAUCACCUCAUUAAUUUUAGCCGUCUCUACAGCAUUUAUUGUUAAAGAUACUGCUUUUAUUAAAACCUCGGGUAUUUCAGAAGCUAAAACUAUUAUAAGUGGGCUAGUCAUAAAAGAUUAUUUGACAUUAAAGACAAUGUUGGUGAAAUUUAUUGGGUUGACAUUAAUUGUUAGCUCUGGUAUGUGGGCCGGUAAGGAAGGUCCACUGGUUCAUGUAUCUUGUUGCUGUGCAGACUUUAUUAUCAAAAGGCUCCCUUCAUUGAAUAAUAAUGAAGCUAUAAGGAGAGAAUUACUACUAGCUGCAACAGCUGCUGGGAUUUCAGUUGCGUUUAAUGCACCAAUUGGUGGUGUCUUAUUCACUUUGGAACAAGUUACUUCUUAUUUCAAUGCGAGUGACAAAAUGUGGAGCUCGUUCGUCUGUUGUAUGGCUGGUGUCGUGGUACUGAACUCAUUCAAAGAAAAUACAGAUGUUCUUGUAACUAUGGAAAACCAGUGGUUAAGUAUUGAAAUGCUGGGAUUUAUCUUAUUAGGUAUAUUGGGUGGUGUUUAUGGUGCUGUUUUCAAUAGAUUAAAUAUGUGGUUUGCUCAAUUAAGAGAAAGACUUGUGAAGACGCAAGGAGAACAUUUCCAAGUUUUAGAAAUUAUUGGAUUAUCAAUUGUUACUUCUGUUAUAACUUAUCCAUUAAUUUUUCCAAGAUUACCAUUGACCACCUUAAUCACUAGACUUUAUAAAGAUUGUGCAGCUGAAGAAUCAAAUAUCAUUGGUGGUCUCUGUGAUGAUAGCAAAUUUCAAGGAUCUUCAUUACUAUUCUUAACUGGUAUUGUUGCAGUACUAUUAACAUCUUAUACUUUUGGUACUUCUGUCCCUGCUGGUGUGUUGAUGCCUUCACUAACAAUUGGUGCUAUUGUUGGUAGAUUACUGGGGAUUGUUUUUGAAAGCUUACAAAAUUCUAAUGGUACAUUAUCUAGAUUGUGUGAAGAAAAUAGUACAUUGUGUAUAUCACCUGGUGCAUAUGCUGUUGUUGGAUCUGCUGCGUUCUUAACAGGUGUUACAAAGAUGACAGUCUGGGUGGUGGUAACAGUUUUUGAGCUAACAGGUGCCUUGACUUAUGUUUUACCAAUUAUGAUUACCGUUUUAGUAGCAAGAUGGACAAGUGAUAAAUUUGAUGAAAAAGGUUGUUAUGAUUUAUGGAUUCAGUUUUUUGGUUAUCCAUACUUAAAUGAAAUUUUAAAACCUUUACCUUUGAUAAAGAGUGAAGUUUUUAUGACGCCAAUGGAGAAAAUGAAUGUAUUAUAUGUUGAAGAUAGAACUACAGUGGAAGAUUUGAAAUAUUUAGUUGAACGUGAUUUCCAAGGUAUUCCGGUUCUAUUUAAAAGGGACGACCCUAAACUUUUGGGAUGGAUAUCUUUAAGUGAUUUGAAAUACGAGCUUGAUAAGAAUUACAACUUAUCAAAUUCAACAAAUGUUACUUUGGUGGAGAAUGAAUCUCAAGAAUUAGGUCCUGGACUUAGCUUCCCAGAAUAUAACUUAAUUGAAAAAAACUAUGUUAAUUUGAGUCCCAAUUUACCAUUACCAACACUGGUGGAAUACUUUUUCAAGCUAAAACCAAGAUUUGUUUUGUUCAGUAGUGGUGGCAAUUUCAAAGGAACAAUAACUCUUAAAGAUAUCUCAAGAAUUGUGGAAUUGAGUACAAAUGAAUUACUCAAAAUCUCUGAGCAACUAACAGGACACGAUGAUGUGGAAGAUCUUGAAGAUGAGGUUGAUUCUAAUGAGGUUUUGUUUAGAAAUGAGAUGACAAAUAAUGCAUAA